AAGUUCUGAGUCCUUCGCGCAGAUGAACUGAUCUGACUGAUGCUAGCGCGGGGAAAAGCUUUGACCAAAUCGUCCCACGUCUGCAUUAUGGACCGACUGCGGCCGCAUGUCGGAUCUUUUGCGGGUGAAUCCAACAGGCCGGACUGCGGCUGUCAUCUGUCCAAGCAACCAAUCCAAGUCUCCAAGGUCAAGCUUCUACGAACGACGGCCCUCUCAUCUGUACACUCACAAAUUGUGAUAAUCCAUCUGUUGUACAAACAUCCGCAAAGUACGGCCCGAAGUUUCACGCUUCUCUCCGUGACCGCGCGCAAACCCUGCUUUGAUCGCACAACUACACUUCGCUAAGCUUCCCCAGACAAACACUCUGCCCCAGGAUGUCAAGACACGCUCAUGGUACUUAAAGACCUUGCCAUCCCCAGGUAUUUGUCCCUCAUCAGCCUAGUCAGACGACUCUUCCCUUCUACAGCUGCAGCGACCAUGGCCGACAAGACCCAAAUCGCCUACGUGGAGGAUGUCGCAUCACAAAAGAGUGUCAUCAUCGCUGGCCAUGCCAUUGAUAAUGACAAGAACCUCGUCGCUGGUGCCAUGCAGGCCACCGACCGCGAGCACACCUUGACGGUGAGGCAGGCUCUCAAGGCCUACAAGUCCGCCGUUCUCUGGUGCUUGCUCAUCUCUGCCAGUAUUGUCAUGGAGGGAUACGACACAAUGCUAUUGGGUAACUUUUACGCAUACCCUUCGUUCCAGCGCAAAUACGGUACUUUGCAAAAGGACGGCUCUUAUGAAAUCCCUGCACCAUGGCAGGCGGGCCUGAGUAACGGUGUGGCUGUUGGACAGAUCAUCGGUCUAUUCCUCAGUGGUUUCAUCUCUGAAAAGUACGGAUACAAGAAGACCAUCAUUGCCGGACACGCCGCCAUCAUUGCACUCAUCUUCAUCCCCUUCUUUGCUCCCAGCCUCGAAAUCCUGCUCGUGGGCCAAAUCCUGCUGGGUCUCCCAUGGGGUGCUUUCCAGACUCUGACCACCACCUACGCUGCCGAUGUUUGCCCAACACAACUUCGCCCAUACUUGACCACGUACACCAAUCUUUGCUGGGUCAUUGGUCAGUUCAUUGGCUCCGGUGUGCUUCGCGGCCUGCUUGGCAUGUCAGAGGAUGCCGGCAACUCGAUGUCCUACCGCAUUCCAUUCGCUAUUCAGUGGAUCUGGCCUGUCCCUAUCCUCAUUGGUACCAUUUUCGCUCCAGAGUCUCCCUACUGGCUUGUUCGCAAGGGCCGUUUCGAAGAUGCCAAGGCUGUUCUGCGUCGUCUCCAAGCACAGAAUGAUCCAAACUUCAAUGCCGAUGACACCGUCGCCAUGAUGCGCCACACCAACGAAUUGGAACGUGAAAUCGCCGCUGGCACCAGUUACCUCGACUGCUUCAAGGGAGUGGACCGCCGACGUACAGAGAUCGUCUGCGUCGUCUGGGCCAUUCAGAAUGCUUGUGGUAGCAGUUUCAUGGGUUUCUCGACAUACUUCUACAAACAGGCCGGCCUCGCGACGGAAAACGCUUUCUCAAUGACUAUGGCUCAAUACGCCUUGGGCGCUAUCGGUACACUCCUUUCUUGGCCCUUGAUGAACCGUGUGGGUCGCCGAACAAUCUACCUCUAUGGUCUCAUUGUGCUUUGCGCUCUUCUCAUGGUCAUUGGUUUCACAUCGCUUGCUGGCAAGGGAUCUGGUCCUUCAUGGGCAAUUGGCAGCAUGCUGCUCAUCUACACUGGUGUCUACGAUCUUACUGUCGGCCCAAUCUGCUACUCCCUCGUCUCUGAGCUGCAGUCCACUCGUCUUCGCGGCAAGACCAUCGUGCUCGCUCGAAACUUGUACAACGUCGUCGGUAUCAUCAAUGGUGUCACUACCCCAUACAUGCUCAACCCAAGUGCCUGGAACUGGGGUGCCAAGAGUGGCUUCUUCUACGGUGGUAUCUGCUUGUUCUGCGCCCUCUACUGCUUCUUCAGGCUGCCAGAGCCCAAGGGAAGGACUCCCGGAGAGCUUGCCAUCUUGUUUGAACAGAAAGUCCCUGCACGCAAGUUCUCCAAGGUCAAGGUCUCUCAGUUCGCUGGCGAGGAUCUCACCCAAGAGAAGACCAACUUGUCUGCUUAGACUUCGAAGUCACAAUGCAAAGCACCUUCCUUUUCUGUGCUUUGUCAUGUUCCACCACUUAUGUUUCAUUAGUUGUAUAGCACGAUUAGAAUUUCAACUCUCAAAUUUCUCUAGAUGACCUGCCU